UUUCGGUAUCAUAGUACUCUAGUAUCAUGUCGGAGGAGACCGAAAGCUGCCCAGCUACCGAGUCCGGGAAUGACAACGCUACAGAGGACACCUCGGAGCCUAGCACAUCCCCCGAAAAGACAGAAGCCCAGAGGGACCGUGGCGAUUCAGUCGGGGCUAACAACAGUGAAAAGAAAAAAAUCGAUGUCCUGCUGAAGGCGACUGGCGACGCGCCAAUCAUGCUCAAGAGAAAAUGGGCCGUUUCGCCAACGUCGAAAGUUAUGGACAUCGUGGACUUCGUCAGAAGAUAUCUCAAACUCGAACAGUCGGAGUCCCUGUUCCUGUACAUAAACCAAGCGUUUGCUCCAUCCUUGGACCAAGAGAUCAGCAAUCUUUAUGAGUGUUUUGGUUCCAAUGGAAAGCUCACCCUUCACUAUGCAAAAACACAUGCGUGGGGAUGAAGCCUCCAAUCUAAGUCACAUUUUUGUAAAUACUGUGAAAUAAAUGUUACACCUGCUUUACCAUG